AUACUUGCGGAAUAUUAUAAUGAACAAUCAACUACAUCUCGCUGAGAUAAUAAUUUACUACCUCUGGAGAAUGCAUUCGGCAAGAAGUCCGCAAGGAAACCCCGCGAACUGACCGAUUAUCGAUUAUCAAGUCCAUGAUUUGUGUGACGUCAUGAUGAACUGUUUUCACCGAAAAAAUUGCACGAAGUGACACAAUCUGUUUCCUGAAACACUGCCAAUCGUAUCAUCGUUGUGACAAUAAGAGGACAACUGUCCCAUCAUGCAAGAGUUCAGGCAUUUCGAUCCACAGAAGCUGGAGCUGCUAGAAGCACGUAUCAAAGGAAACCGCUCUUCUCAGCAACCCAUCAUGAUAGCUGAUGAUUCCAACCAUAGCACCAGCACAUGCAGCAGGGGUUCACCUAGUGAUGAUAUAGAGGUCAUGCAGUCAGAAACCCCAGAAAAGGAGAGAAAGAAGAGGAAAAGAAAAGGGCAAGAUAGUGAUCAAUCAGGUCCAAAGAAGAUAAGUGAAUAUUUUAAGGCCGCAACAUCAUUAAGUCCAGGACGGACCGGUCUCGGCAUAGGCAUCCUACCCAAGUCUCCACCAUCUAGUUCAUAUCCUAGUCAAAUGAUGUCAUCACCAUGUGGUAACAGCAACGACUACAUCUCACAUUCUUCCCAAUCACCCAAACCAGCCAGGCCUAGGUUUUCAGAAAGCAGCUCAAUAUCAACUCAGACUGAAAUGAGUUUACAAGAUCUAGAACUAAAAGAAAGGCAACAUCAGUCGCAUAUGAGGGUGAAAGAAGAGACGAUAGAAACGCUCAAUAGUACAACUCAGGAUUUACAACGGAGGUUAGAUAGUGCUCAGAAACUUUUAGAAAAGGUUAAAGAGCAGUCCAAGAAAAGUACAGAGAAGAUUAAACAACUUCUUAUUGAGAAGGCCCGAACUGAAAACAAAGAAGCACGGACGAAGAGCAUGGAGGAUCGGCUAAGGCUAGGACAGUUCACCACCCAGAGACAAGGGGCCAAAUUUGUUGAAACCUGGAACGAUGGCUAUGCAUUCACUGAUCUUGUCAAGCGCCAGGAGAAAAUUGCCAAAGAAAGGGAGGAGCUGGACCAGCAAAGGAAAUCCUUAAUGAAGAGGAAACCUCCAAAUAGUCCUCAUCCCAGUUCCAAGUCCAGGCCCAAACAGAAUGGACCCAACGAUGAAGGAUUCGCCAAACCUUUCCCAGAGUUUAUGAAUCAUGCUGAGUUUUAUGAGCGAGACGAGAUCUUGAAAUUAAGACAAGCUGCAUUUAAAAAGGAGGAAGCAGAUUUACAGGGAGAACUAGAAAAGCUAGAAAGGGAGCGGAAUCUUCACAUACGAGAGCUGAAACGUAUUCAUAACGAGGACCAGUCCACAUUCAGAGACCACAAGGUUCUUAAUGAUCGCUAUCUACUACUAAGACUCCUCGGCAAGGGAGGAUUCAGUGAAGUGUACAAGGGGUAUGACCUGAAGGAGCAUAGAGAUGUGGCAUGUAAGAUUCAUCAACUAAGUAAAGAAUGGAAGGAGGAUAAGAAGGCUAAUUACAUCAAACAUGCUUUGAGGGAGUAUGAGAUCCAUAAGAGUUUAGAUCAUGCAAGAGUUGUCAAGCUCUAUGAUGUCUUUGAGAUCGAUGCCAAUUCAUUCUGCACUGUUCUAGAAUUCUGUCCUGGGAAUGACCUUGACUUCCAUCUGAAGCAACACAAGCUGAUGGUUGAGAGAGAGGCACGUUGUAUUAUCAUGCAGGUGGUGAGCGCCCUCAAGUAUCUCAACGAGAGGAAGCCGCCUAUCAUUCACUACGAUCUCAAGCCAGGCAAUAUUCUACUGUGCCAUGGAUCGACGUGUGGUGCCAUCAAGCUGACCGACUUUGGUCUCUCGAAGGUGAUGGAUGAUGAGCAUUUUAAUUCCCAGGAAGGGGGUAUGGACCUCACUUCACAGGGUGCUGGGACGUACUGGUAUCUUCCACCCGAGUGCUUUGUAGUUGGCAAAGAACCACCAAAGAUCUCCUCUAAGGUGGACGUUUGGUCCACUGGUAUUAUAUUCUACCAGUGUCUCUAUGGUAAAAAGCCAUUCGGUCACAACCUAUCACAAGCAUCCAUCUUGGAGCAGAAUACCAUCCUAAGAGCCACUCAAGUCCAGUUUAGUCCAAAGCCAACGGUCAGCCAGGAAGCAAAGGACUUCAUCCGUCGAUGCCUGAUGUACCGCAAAGAGGAUCGUGCAGACGUCCUAGCCCUGGCCAAGGAUCCCUACCUGAUGCCUUCCAAUAAGAAGAGUUCUGCAGCGGCUGCAGCUCACGCCUCGGCCGCAGCGGUCAGUAGCCCCCAGAAUCAACUAAGCAAUUCAGAGAACUCCACUUAAUCCUACCCUACCAAGGUUCUGCCAUGCCAAGGUUCCACCAUGCCAAGGUUCUGCCCAAUCAAGGUUCUGCCUUAUCAAGGUUAUGACUAAUCAAGGUUCUGACUAAUCAAGGUUCUGACCAACCAAGGUUCUGCCAUGUGUGUAAUCAGAGAUGGAUCUAGUUGGAUUAGACUUAAUACUUUGGAUGGCAGGGAUGUAGUCCAGGCCAGCCCUGAGUCGGCAUUUUGCUGCCUUGACCUUGGCCUGAGACACGUGUACAAAGUCUAUGCGCAAGUGUUUUCUUAAGAGGCUUUGUGAGUCUGAACUGCCAGCCUUGACUACAUCCUUGUUGGAGGGGCCCACCAUUGCGUGCAAACUCUUUUGCUAUAUAAAUGCUCUUGUAUCUGAUCCUGCUGGAUCUGUCACUGCGUGUAUUCCCACUGCAUACUGUGGUCCAACUGUAAUCGAUAUGCAGUCAUCGGAAACCCAUUAGUGAAAGAGGCACAAGCAAAAGACUUUGUGAGCCAGGAAUCGUGAGCAAUAAGUGAAAACAAAAUAUCUGACAGUCAUCAAAGUUCUUUGAGCCUCAUAAUAGUUUGCUUGAUUAACAUUCUUCUUUCAGUAAUCCCAUGUUUUGGGCAAAAUUGUUAAAUUAGCUGCAAUUAAAUAGUCAGUCUUUGGUCAAGUCAUACCCAAAUCCGUGCAUAGAAGAAACACAAAUUUGCAUAAGUUCAAAUCGAUUUCUGGGCCAGUUACUCUUUAAAUGAGUACUGUAUGUCCUGAAGGUGAUUUCUCAGUUCACUCGACCACUUGAGGCUUUUCUUUUGCCAAUUUUUUUUGGCCUUUUCAGGCUUGGUAUUCUUUAGAUUCUUUCAAAAGCACAUUGCAGUCGGACCACGAGAGCUUGCAGUGGGCCAAGGUCGCAUUUUGAUAGUCGUUAUUAGGCCAUGCAGCAUGCCUUGUCUAAAAAGGAAUAUUCAGACGCAGAUUUGGUGCGGUCCUUUAAAAAGACUAAAGUCUAUUAACGACAGCAUACUGUGGCAUUGAAAUCAUGGUAUUUUAUCAUGCCAGAGUGUUUGAAAGUGGUAUAAAUAGUUCAUGUUAUGUAAGCAUUAAGAGAAACCCUUCAUGUUCCCCCUAGCUUUUUACCUAGUGGAAGGACAUUGUCAGUAUUUGGAAAUGUUGAUGGUUAUGAUUAUGGUUACAUGAUAUGAUAUUAAUAAUAACUUCAUAAUGUAAGAUUACAAGUCAUGUAGUUUUGUGGAUAUCAGGAUUAAAACGAGCCUUGCUAUGGCCGAUGAAGUCCUAGUGUUCCUAUAUUCAAAGUUUAUUUUUGUUUGCAGUAAACACAUAUGUGGUGGAGAUGCUUUCUUUACCAUUCUGCGCCAUUUUGAAUGUCAAAGAUCACCUAUUUUUUUCUCCUAAUCGUUAUUCUUAUCUGUCCAGAAUACCAUUCUUAGAAUAUCAUGUUCUGUUGUGUACAGCACAGGGAAAAGGAUGCUCUUGGGUUUGGGCGACUUCGCCCCCAAACUGCUCAAAAGAGCCAUGGAAAAUAA